GUUGUCGAUUCCUUUAAUAAUACAUUUCAAUGCUAAAUUCCACUCCAUUAACUUAUCUUCUCUCUCUCUCUCUCUCUCUCUAGAAACAGAGGUCUUCAUCAUCAGUGACUCUCUCCAAGGCUAUCAAACCAAUUCAACUCAAAAUGAUGAAAAUCGUGCUAAAACUGGAGAAUUUGGAUGACAAAAUCGCGCAAAAGGUGAUGAAGAAAGUCUCCGAACUAUACGGAGUGGAAUCGAUGUCCGUGGACAAGAACAAGAAACUAUUGACGGUGACGGGGAUCAUAGAUCCGGUGUUGCUCGUGGCCAAGCUGAGGAAAGUGUGUAACACGGAGAUAGUGUCUGCCGGGCCAAAGGAGGGCGAGAAGAAGAAAGGUGACGACAACAAUAAAGGCGCUGAUGAGAAGAAAGGAGAAGACGGCAAGAAGAAAGGCGCCGGCGGCGGGGCUCAGGCGGCCGGCGCCGCCGCUCAGCCAUUCGUGUACUACCCGCCGUACCCUUAUCAGCAGCAGUACCACUACUAUCAGCAACAGUACCCGCCCUCUGCUCCACCGCCGUAUUAUAACUCCUACAGAGCUGUGGAUGACACUUCACAUGGCGGCUGUGUUAUUUCCUAAUUUUUCUCUCUCUCUCUAUAAUCUAUAUAUGUAUAAUUAUUUGAGAGAAUUGGCAAUGUACAGUAAAUAAUGUGAGUGUUGUUAUUCAUCAUGAGACGGUGUAUGGUUGUAAUUAAUAUCAAGCUAAAUAUGAGUUUAAUCAAUUUGAAUAA